AUGUUUUUUGAGAAUUCUCAAAAAAACAUGCUGGAGGUGCAUGGGUGUGAUCUCAAGGUCAUCCAUUCCACCCGCCCUCCCUCCCUCCACCCUCGAACAUGCAUCCACGCAUGCACACCCAAUCCUCUGUGCACACGUGCACGCGUACAUGCACACCCACAGGCAGCAGAGCAGGUGGCAGCAGGAGCAGGGGACCUCCCCAAGCGCCCUCGCGGCAAGAUGGUGGUGUUGGACGACGACCCCUCCCGCUGGCGGCAACACACUUUCCACCGCUCUGGCGCCUACGGCUUCAUCCAGUACAGCGUGUACUGGUUGGAACCGGCGCGCAUCGUGCUGGUGGGGCUGGGCGCGCUGUCCCAACGCAGCAAGCGGCUUCUAGGCUUCUCAUAUCUCCCCACCCACCCAUCCCCCCUCACCUCUCCCCACCCCUCUGCAAGCAGUGCGUACCGAUUAGAACCGGCACGCAUCGUGGUGGUGGGGCUGGGGGCACUGGCGCAGCGCAGCAAGCGGCGGGUGGAGGGGUGCUGGUGGCACCGGAUGGAUGGGCACACGGUGAUCGCUGGGAAGCUCACACAGAUGGUGAUGGAGGAACACCACAACUUCCUGUACGAGAUGGUGGUGCUGCAGUGCACGCUUGAAGAAGAGGUGGAGGAGACGGGAGGGCAUCUGCGGAUCUACCUGGACCGCCAAAUGCUCUACCCUUACCGGGAAGAUGUCAAAGAGAGUCUCAAGGGACCAGAGGGUCCACUCCCCUGGCGCAUGGCAUACUGUGGCUCAACGCUCUACGCUGAGCUAGCAGAGCGCAGCGUUAUCCAGUUCAUCCACUACCACCGCUACGCGGGCGGCUACGACCACUUUGUCUUCUACGACACUGUCGGGCUGGCCCCGUCGCUCAUGGCUUCGCUACAGCCCAUGCUGGACGACGGGCUCGUCACCGUCUCGGACUUCACCCAGUCGUACCAGUUUGACGCCUGGUUCUACUCCCAGGCAGUGGCGAUGCAUGACUGCAUGUACCGCAUGCGCACACAGGCCGAAUGGAUCGCCUUCCAUGACCUAGACGAGUACCUCGUCGUGCCGCCACCAGCAACCCUCCCAACCUUCCUCCACCGCUUCGAAUCCCUCCCGUACAUCACCCUCGGCACGUACGUGUUCUCGGCGCACAUAUGCGAGGAGGACGGGCCGGAGGACGUGUGGGGCGAGGAGGAGAAGCGGUUUGCGGUUGAGAGAAUGCUGCAGCGGCGGAAAAACCCAUACUGUCUAAGAGGGGAGGAUGAUCCCAAGGUGUGCAUCGACUACUUCGGCCACCGCAAGAUAUUUGUCAACCCGCGCAAGGUGGAGGCAUUAUACGUGCAUCGCACAGACAAGCCGAGCACAGGAGGAGUGGAUCUGAGCACCGACGAGAUGUAUUUCGCCCACGUGCGCUCCAUCAACGGCAAGGGCGUCGCCUGCCGCCCGCCCAAGGACCAGGAGAAUGACAUCCCUCCUGACGACCGCGAGCGCUGCACACUCGUGGCUGAGAUUGCCGCACGAGCUCGGGAAUGUGCGCAAGAGGGAUUCACCAACAAGUUCCUCUGCAAGCCCAGAGCCACACGCUAG